AUGGCAGCACAACUCUCUGUCCAACCAAGUGUCACGAAUGUCAACCCACGAAAACAUAUCACACCCCAAUGGGUAUCACUCGUAUCGGGAGGCAUAGCCGGUGGUGUCGAAGCAGCAGUGACGUACCCGUUUGAAUAUUCCAAAACGAGGUUACAGCUGAUCCAACAUGGUUCAACAACAAAAACAAACCCUUUGCGCCUAAUCGCGGAGGUAGCGCGACAAGAGGGCCCGCGUUCUCUGUAUACAGGAUGUACCACUUUGAUAGUUGGCACUGCUGGGAAAGCAGCCGUGAGGUUUGUGUCUUACGACACGAUCCGCAACGCGCUGUCUGACGAGCAUGGAAAGCUUUCGGCUGGAGGAGGAAUCUUGGCUGGCAUGGCAGCUGGCGCCGUGGAAAGCGUUCUAGCUGUGACUCCAACCGAGAGAAUUAAAACAGCACUUAUCGACGAUGCGAAGACCCACCGUCAAUUCAAUUCGGGCAUCCAUGCCGCCCGAGUCUUGGUGCAAAGGCAUGGUCUUCCGGAGCUCUACCGAGGGCUCGUUUCUACCACAGUCAAGCAGUCCGCGACAUCAGCUGUACGAAUGGGAACAUACAACAUCCUCAAAGAAAUGAGCAAGCAGCAGGGCUUGAGCCCCAACGCCUUGACUUCAUUUGGCACGGGUGCCUUGGCGGGGAUCGUGACGGUCUAUGCAACUCAACCUUUUGAUACAAUCAAAACGAGGGCACAAAGUGUCCAAGGUGCAGGCAUUGUAGAUGCAGUAAGUAGCGUGAUGCGCGACUAUGGCAUCAAGGGCUUUUGGAAAGGAAGUUCCAUGCGAUUAGGACGCCUUUUCCUGAGUGGUGGGAUUGUGUUCUCGGUAUAUGAGCAAGUAUCCGCCAUGCUUGCGCCGGUCGUCAGGGAUUAG